AAUCCUUUCUUCAUUACCAUCACCCCCUUCCCCCUUCCGGUGACACCACGCCGUCCUCUGAUUGUCCAGCCCAUUCUCACGUCCCAACACAUACUCUAAACCUCGAGGACAUUUCUGGCUGCUGGUCAUCAGUAUGCCUCAGAGCAUUCGCGGUACCUUAUGUGAAUCCGCUCGAAAGCUGGGCUAUGCCCCAGUCACUGGCUUCGAACCUCUGCAAGCCCCUGAGGUCGUCAACGUUGACGAACCUCGAUUAAGCCCUAUCUGGUUCACGCCACCAGGCCCUCCAUGCGCGUCGAAUGAUACCGACACGCAAGAGUUGCCGAAGACGAAUAUCAGGAUGACGCGAUAUCGUCAGAGAGGCCGUCCUCGAGAAGAAUGCGAAGUAACGCAAGAGGAGGCUCUCGCCAACAUGCUUGCCGCAACCAGUAUUACUUCAGGACCAGGCUACGAAUUGGGGGGUUCCGCGUCGUCACCAAGUCCUCGUGGUGAGUACGUUACAGUCCCCCGGUGCCUAUCAAUGGACGAUACCCCUACCCCGACACCCGAAACAGAGUCGAAACUCGUUCAGAGGUCAAAAACCGAGCCGAGGGGAAGAAAAGGUAAGGAACCCUCGGGCUCGGCCUUGUCUCGUACUGAUUCAAUUGUAGCUCGACGAAGCGUGCCUUAUAGCCCGUACCAAUGUUGUCCAGCAUUGAAACAGUCAGACCGAAGCCGAGGGGCGAGGGAUUCUUCCCCUAUGGCUGUUGUUUUUGACUAGUAUACUGUGUAUACUUACUUGAUGUGUAUUUCUAUAUCUACACCGUCGUUCUACACGAAGACAAUCAAAAAUUGUUCAACAAAGAGGGCCUAGGGUUGUCAUCCCAUCAGGAACCCCAAUUUCGAUUCUUGUCUAUCUAAGUGGUUACCGAUUACUGUAUCGCCUGAAUUCCCUCUGCCAUUUCGCUGGGUAUUUGGCGCACCUACCCACCCGCCGUAUGUGCGCCAUCGGUACCAUGGAAAUUGGUGCUUCACUCCGUGGCGUACUUUGAAUCCUUGACGGCCAAA